CGCAAUGAUUAAAGAAAUUAAAGGAAAAUGGAGAGAAGUAAAUUAAGGGAGAUAAUUGUCCAUGUGCCAAAAUUUAAGGAAAAAACGAUAGUGGUUUCUCUAGCAAGACAUCAUGGUGUACUUAAAUGUUGAUAAAAAAACUCUCCGGCGUCACGCCGGCAGCUGGCCGCCUCCUCAACCAUCAUUCGGGAAUGACGUACGAUGCUACACGGGCUGGGGAGACGUUUUGUCACGACGCCACUCCGCGUAGAGUUGACGACGACGGGUAUCAAUAUCGGGCAGGUGACGUGGAUAGGGAGAGACCCGGAGAAGCCGAGAAACCCGCCUUCAAAUAUGGGGAUGACGUCCGCCUUGACGCUGAUCCGGACCAUGCCACUUUCCAUCAAGACAUUGAUGAUUUACACCGACACAAGUAUUGGUGCCAAACGGAAAUCGAGGGUCAAGGAGAGGUGUCGAGGAUUGGGGAGAGCAACAAUGACGGCGGAAGCGCCGGCGCCGGCGGGCACAACAGUCUUGGGAGAAGAAGGAGAGAAGAAGAGCCCGAGAGCAGAUCUGGCAGUGACAACUUGGAAGGUGGCUCCGGCGACGAUCAAGACGCCGCCGACGACAAGCCUCCGAGGAAAAAAAGAUACCACCGACACACUCCUCAGCAAAUUCAAGAACUUGAAGCUUUGUUCAAGGAGUGUCCUCAUCCAGAUGAGAAACAAAGGCUGGAGCUAAGCAAAAGGCUUUCUUUGGACAUCAGGCAGGUUAAAUUUUGGUUCCAAAAUCGCAGAACUUAAAUGAAGACUCAACUAGAACGCCACGAGAACGCGUUGCUCAGACAAGAGAAUGACAAGCUGAGGGCGGAGAACAUGGCGAUUCGGGAGGCGUUGAGGAACCCGAUUUGCAAUAACUGUGGGGCCCCCGCGAUGAUCGGGGAGAUCUCCAUGGAAGAGCAACACCUUCGGAUCGAAAAUGUCCGACUAAAGGACGAACUGGCCGUCCCGUUUCGUCGUUGAAUGCUUCCAUGGGCCCCCCUCAAAUGUUGCCGAGCUCCAGCCUAGAGCUCGGAGUGGGGAGCAACAACGGCUUCGGGG